AUGUUUCUCUCUCUGUUUCUUUUUCUGCUGCCAACCAUUUCUGUUGUCCCUAUCUCUUUCCCUCCUGUCAACUGUUUCUCUCAAUCUUUGUUUCUUUUUCUUUUGCCAAACAUUUCUUUCUCUUUUUUUAUUUCCCUUCUGCUUACCAUUUCUCAAUCUCUGUCUCUCUUCCAUUCUACUAACCAUCCUGAUCUCUUUCUUUUACUUAUAUCAACAAUUUUCUUUCUCUCUGUCUUUCUUUUCCUUUUGCUACCCAUUUCUCUUUUUCAACCUCUCUUUUCUUUCUGUCAACCAUUUCUCUUACUUUUCUCUGUUUUUCAUCUGUCAGCCAAUUGUCUCUUUUUCUUCUGUCAACCUUUUCUCUCAAUUUCUUCUCUAUCAUUUUUUUUUCCUUCUGCUAAUAAUUUUUCCCUCUCUCUUUUCCUUCUGCUAAUAAUUUCUCCUGCUCUCUUUUUCCUUCUGCUAAUAAUUUUUUUCUCUCUCUUUUCCUUAUGCUAUGUGGUACGCUAUUCUUCAAGAGAUGAUAGGGUAAAAUAUGGUGUCUACAACAGUGGUGAAGAAAGGAAUUCUAAUUCAACUCUACAGCAAAAAGAAAAAAAAAUGUGUUCCCAAAAAGGAAUAUUUUGUUUAAUCCUGAAGGAUUUAUGUAAACCCUGCCUAAGAAUAUGGCUGAACUAUCAGAAAACACUUGGUGUAAGCAGGAAGGCCAUGAUUGCAUACACCAUAUUCUCUGUUAUCCUCCUCUUAUCCUUCAUAUUUAUGAUAGUUGCUUUCUACGAUCCUUGCAGUGGAAGAGUUAUUAAGAAGAGUUUGUGUCAACUUUAUGAAGAAGGUGUGGUGUCAGGGAAGCUCUGUUACCCAUUGUGUAAAGAAAAUGUCCCCAUCUUUUCACAUUGCAUCAAGCAGCAAUCGCAUGUUAAGGAGUUUUUCUGGGAGCGUCAUUUGAUAGUGAAAGUUAACAUGGCCCCAGAUCAAGCAAACAUGCUGGACACAAUUUUAUUGGAGCCAUGGGAAGGCAUCAGUCAAGAGGAAUUCAGUAUGAUGAUUGACAAACAUCUCACUGAGAAGCUUGGGCCAGCUGACCAUACAGCUGUUUUAAAGAGGAUUUUAACAUUUGGAGAUUUCAACAAUAAUGGAGUGUUGACAUAUGGAGAAGCUCGAUCUUUGUGGAGCCUGAUUCAACAUCGAGAAUUCCUUUUAAUGCUGCUCUUUAAGGACAACGAUGCCUUUCCUCGUAUCAAUGGAACAUGUGGUAGCGUCUAUGCAAUUGAGCAUGUACCCAAUGAUCGCCUUUACAAUGUGAAAAGUAACAGUUGGCUCAGUUUAUUCCUCUCGGAUGCUUACCAUUGGCAGUUCCCAGCCUGGAAACAACGUGCUAAAAUGUCUAUUGGCAUGAUAGAACUCAUCAUGGAUAUUUUUGAGAAGAAUGAUGUCAAUUUCUACAUGUGUAAUAUUUUUCCAAAAUCAUUUGGUUACACUGUGACUUAUGACCUUAAAUUGAUGGAUGUCUUGUCUGUGGUGCCAAGAUUUCAUUUGAAACUGGAAAUGGCCAACAGAAGUUGCAAUGAUGACCGAGACUAUUCUUUUUCUUUGUUCAUAGUAACAGCUUUUCCUGUUGCAUUCUUUAAUGAUUUGCCAGUUGAGUCCAAAUUUUCUAUCUCUGCAGAAUUUUGA